AUGGAUCUCAGAAACAAGCUUUCGAAAGGCACGACCAUUGAGUCAUUCAACGAUGUCAAGCUCAAGUACAAGGUCAACAAGUACAUCGGCAAGGGUAGCUUCGGCAGUGUGUUCGAGGUCAAACGAGCCAAGGAUUCCAAGAUCUUCGCCAUGAAGGUUAUUCCCUUGACUGGAUCCCACCACAAAAGGCCCAAUGAGAUGAUCUUUCGCGAAGAGGCCACAAGACUCAUGCAAGUUGGACAUCACCUGCACAUCAUGGAGCUUGUGGACGUUGCAUCUUUCGAUAAAUAUGGAGCCCUGAUCAUGGAGUGUGCUACCGAAGGCAGUCUUCUGAACGUCUACUAUCGUCUUUCCAAGGAGCAUCAUGCAGCACUAUCGCAGCGCGUGGCCUACGAGAUGACUGAAGCACUUCAUUGCAUCCACUCCCAGGACCCAGCAAUCGUUCACAGAGAUCUCAAGCCCGACAACAUCUUGGUCUUUCUCUCCGGCACAGUACAGAAGCCAUGCUACCUCUUCAAGCUCGCAGAUUUUGGCAUCUCAAAAACCGUCGACGAUGGUGAGGAAGACCCAGCCUUGAGAAUUGUCUCUGAGCCCAUGUCGGGACGAGCCUAUGCACCCUACAGAGCUCCCGAGACCGCAAAGAGGCUUGGAGCCAAACACCCUCGCGGCUACGAAAGCAAAGCAGACAUCUACUCGCUCGGCGUUGUUCUCGCACAGAUCCACAACAAUGCUGUUGGCAGCGAUGAGUCUCCCUCACUAUACAAUAUACCUACAAAGGCUGUUCCUCUCGUCAAAGCCAUGUUGACACACGACCCCUCGAAACGCCCCUCAGCUCAGGACUGCAAGAAAUAUUCUUGGUACAAGGAGGGAGCUGCAGUUGUCAUUCACAAGGUCACCAACGGAUCCAAAGAAGGAGACAACCUCGGCAAGAGCAUGCAACGUCUGAGCAUCGAAUAG